GAAUUAUAAUUAACAAUGACUUUAAUCUCGACUAUUUAUAGACAUGAGACGAGCAUCGUAGAGUCACAUUUAUUGUGCUACGAGGUAUACUUCAAGAUGCGCUCUCAAGGAAAUUCGCAGGUCUGUGCUUUCGUGUCUCAAAGAACGGUCUUCGCGAAUAGCGUACGACCGGCCACAUUAGUCGUAAGUAAUGAAAAAAUACGGGAAAUAUUAUAUGACGUUGGUGAAGAUGUCGUGCGACGUUUAUCGGAGAAAUAUCUCGGAAUUCAAUUUUACGAUUACGGCUCGUUGGUGUUAAUGCCCGGAAUAAUAGACUCCCACGUACAUGUAAACGAACCCGGUAGAACCGAGUGGGAAGGAUUUCAUACCGCUACACAAGCGGCCGCGGCCGGUGGUGUUACCACGAUCGUGGAUAUGCCUCUGAAUUCUAUUCCGCCUACUACCACCUUAGACAAUCUCAAAGUUAAGGCGAGGGAAGCGUACUCGAAAGUGUUUAUAGACGUUGCAUUCUGGGGCGGUGUAAUACCAGGAAAUCAGCACAACUUGCGAGCGUUAGUAGACGCAGGUGUAGUCGGUUUCAAAUGCUUCUUGUGCCAAGGCGGAGACGACCAAUUUCCACAUGUCUCUGUGGACGAUGUGGAGAAGGCUUUAAAGGAAUUACUACCUACAAAAACCGUACUAGCGUUUCACGCAGAAUACGGACAGAAUGAAAAAACGAAUCCAACCGACGAUCCAAACGUAUACGACACUUUUUUGCAUUCUCGACCUGACCGCUUGGAACUUGAUGCCAUAAAAUUAGUCUGCGAUUGGUGUACAAAAUAUAACUUUCGAUGCCACAUAGUGCAUUUGUCAAGUGCGGAAUGUUUGGCAUUAAUAAAGGAUGCUAAGGCUCGUGGGGCUUCUUUAACUGUGGAAACGUGCCAUCAUUAUUUAGUACUUUCCGCAGAGGAGAUACCGAAAGGUGCUACUGAAUUCAAGUGUUGUCCGCCAAUCAGAAGCAAGAGCAAUCGAGAACAAUUGUGGCAAGGUAUUAAAAGCGGAACGUUGGAUAUGAUUGUCUCGGAUCAUUCUCCUUGCGUACCGGAAAUGAAAGCUGGAAAUUUUUUGACAGCUUGGGCUGGAAUCUCUGAGUUGCAAUUCGGAUUAUCAUUAACAUGGACAGCCGCGAGAAUGAGAGACGUAUCAUUUUCUGAUAUCUCAAAACUAUUGAGCACUAACGUUGCGAAAAUGUGCGGUCUUGAAGACCGCAAAGGUAAUUUGUCAGAAGGAAUGGAUGCGGAUUUCGUUAUUUGGAACCCGGAGGAAACUAUUAAGAUCGAGACAAAUAAUAUUUAUCAUAAACACAAAUUAACACCAUAUCAAGGGAACAUUUUAUAUGGAAAAGUAAUCGCAACUGUUGUUAGAGGACAAUUCGUUUUCAAGGAAGGAAAAAUUCUCGAUCAACCUGCGGGAAAUUUAUUGUUGAAUGCAAAUAUUUUGCAAGAAAUAGAAACUCAGUAAACUUUGUUUUAUUUUAUAGCUCACAAGCUUAUUUUACUUCA